AUGGAAGAUAGGAUUAGUUCCCUACCAGAUGAAGUCAUAUCUCACAUUCUUUCCUUCCUUCCAACCAAAUUCGCUGCCACAACUAGCAUCCUUUCAAAAAGAUGGCACCCAUUAUGGCUCUCAGUUCCCACUCUCAACUUCGACGACAAAACCUUUCAAAACAUCGAAUCCUUUCUCAUGUUUGUGUCCUCCGCAUUAUUCUCACGAGACAUUACUUUACCCAUUCAAUCCUUCCAUCUCAAAUGUGUAAACGCUUCUAAGCGCCGCCACUCACUCGACAUCAACGCUUUCUUGGACGCCGUUGUGCAGCGAAGAGUCCAGAACGUCCGUCUUAGACUAACCACUAGGGUUAACGUUCCUCCUAGCCUAUUCAGUUGUAGGACCCUUGUUGUUCUUCAUUUGAGAAAGAUAAAAGUUGAGCAUCUUUCUAAGCUAGAUGUUGAUUUUCCACUCCUCAAAACUCUAAGUUUAUCUAACAUUAAGUUCAAACGUAUCGAUUAUAUUGCGGUGCUUCUAUAUGGAUGCCCCGUUCUAGAGGAAUUGCGUACAAAAUGUGUGCGUGUGGGUAGUAGGGAUAUGACAGUUCCUCAAGAGGUUAUAAUGAGAGAUUAUCCAACUUUUCCAAAAUUGCCGUAUCUGAUCCGCAUGAUUUGUUGGACAAAUGUUCAGGUUCUGCAUGGAGUACUAGACUCACAUUGCUGCAGCUAUCCUAUUCUUUACAAUCUAACAUACAUGGAGGUAAUCCUUAAGCAUAGCGAUCUUAAGGAGGAGUGGGUGUGGUUGCUAGAAAGGCUGGAUUAUUUUCCCAACCUUCGAAAUCUUACCAUUAUUGAGGACAAUGAGAAUAUAGAGGAAAUUGUGUGUAAUUGGAGGGAACCAACAUCUAUUCCGGAAUGUCUCUCAACAAAGCUUAGAACAUGUUUGAUUAAACAAUUUACAUACAAUGAAUGUGGUCUUCAAUUUGCUGAAUAUAUUUUGAAGAAUUCAAAAGUACUGGACACAAUGUCAAUCAAGAGUGCUUCUUUCAUAAAUGAAAAUGUCAAGCACCAAAUUCUUGUAGCAGAACAUCAACAGGCUUUCAAUGGAAAACUAGUAGAUAUUGUGGUCUUAGUUUGUGCUCAGCUCGAGAGUAUGAGAAACUUUAAUACCAUUCUCACUGUGACUGUUUUCACGCUUUGGGUGUUUGAAGAAACUUCAUGGGGUUUAAUAAGUCAGUUUCAGUUCUUGAAAUCCAAAUGA